GUCGUGUUCAAGGUUGGCGCGUCUUUCGUUGGACUCGUGGCAACCGGUUUGCGAGCAGUUGAGCGCAAAACUCGGCCACACCGUUUGCCCCGCCUCUCUGCGUCCACUUUCUCCGCGUAGAGAGAAGGUCGGCAUCGUUUUUUUGACAGUACAGUGGCGGUGCUUCGGUGCAGUGUCGUCAACGCGAGCCUAUAGUUUACACGUCGCGGGACUUCGCUUACAGAGAUGACUGGUGUGUAUACGAAGAAAUCUGUGGAGGACGUGUUCGACACAUCGGAAGAAGCACUUCCGUUCAGACUUCAACAGAUCGCUGAAGAUGAGCUCGGAGAGACUCCUGCUCGGAGGAAGGAAUCUCUUGCGAAGCUUCUCCAGCUUUUAUCAGAGGAAGAGGACCUGAACACGCGCAAGGAUGCGCACUUUCUUCUGAGGUUCCUGCGAGUGCGCAAGUACAACGUGGAGGCGGCCCUGCGCAGCGUGAAGAACUAUUACAAGAUCCGGAACACCAGCGGGCCGGUGUUCCGCGACUUCCUGCCUUCCAAGGUGUCCCCAGCUACGAGAAAGCUCAUGAUGGUCAUGAAAGAGACGGAUGCUCACGGACGACGAAUCUUCUAUUUCAAACCCGGUAUGUGGGUGCUCGAGGAAUCAUCCUACGUGGACGUCCAUCGGGCUAUCUUGCUGUGCUUAGAACACCUGGCUAAGGACCCAACGACACAAACCCUAGGCAUGGUGAUACUCUUCGACUAUGGUGGCUUCACAGCGGAAAAAGUGCUUGCCAUUAACGUGGGUCUGAUCAGGAGAGGCUUUGAGUACCUGCAGGAUUGUAUGCCUAUGCGACUCAAGGCCAUGCACAAUGUGAAGCAAGGUCUAGCGUUCGACACGUUCUUCACGCUCAUCCGGCCUUUCCUGAAGGCGAAGCUUGCACAAAGGUUUAUCCUUCACGGAGAAAAGUUUGAGGAACUGCAUAAGGAAAUCCCGCCCAAGGUUCUUCCUGAAGAGUACGAUGGUCAGGCGCCACCUGUCAACUUCGAGGGUUUCUGGGACGACCUGGAAGGUUACGACGAUGACUAUCGGGAUAACAGCAGCUACGGCUACACGAGGACAAACAAAGAAGACUUUGCCACGGAGGCUGAGAUUGAGAGCCAGCUAACGUUUCUGUAAACGUCGUAAAAAAUUAUAAGCCCGUGAAAAAGAAGUAACAGCGUUCUUUAGAAAGGGAGAACUGACAUCCACCCGUCUAAUAGCAUGGAGCAACAAAGGAAACCCCUGCGGGUUUAUGAAAAAGCUCCGCAAAAUAAAAUAAAAAAAUCCGAGAUUGAAACCGCAGCCAACGUUUCCGCGAGGUGUUCGCACUUACAUUUGAGCUAACCAGGAGGCUAGAAAAUUGCAGAGCGAGGCCGAAUUGAUCAAUAACUCAAUGGACAGGGAUACUGAAGUUCAGUAAUGUAGAAAGGUGGCCGAGUUGGUGAUUCAUCAUCAUACCGUAUUGGUGAAGCAGCGCACUGAUAAGGACAAAGUGGAGAGACGCAAGAUCCUUGGGUCUCUCCACUUUGUCCUUGUCAGUGCGCUGCUUCACCAAUACGGUAUGAUGAGGGAUACUGAAUAUGACAGAUCAGUUCUGCGGAAGCCCCCAAAGCGGCCUCGCUCUGAGGUUUGCUGUUUGCUAGCCUCCUGGUUACCUCAGGUGGCAGAGCGACCGCAGUGGAAAGGCGUUUGUGCUUCGUGCUGUGCUCGGGUGGAUGACACUUUCUUUCAUUUUUUUCAUAAAGAUUGUUCUACAAAGCGCAUUUCAUGCAGAACUGAUCUACCACCAACAUUAUCUCACUUUAUGCAACCGGCAUUUAUGGCGGUAUGUUAUAAAGUGAGCUUGGUUCUUUGGUGUGACGAUCGUGCACAUUGCGCAGAAAUUACGCCCGUGCGUGUUUCUUACAAUGAAAACAAUGGGCGCCAUAUCAUGUGAAAAGGCAUUCGAGUUACGACCACACUGUCUAGAAUCACUAGUCAUUUGAACAUCCUUUGGUAAAGUAUUACCGCCGAAGUGACAGCACUUGUUCGCAAGACGCUUUUGGCAUACGCUCAGGGAGAUCAAGUAUAAGACAGAUAGUCUUGAUAUAGUAUAGCGCAAAACCGCACUAUCUGCCAAAAUUUCACUUUUGACAGCUGAGCUGUUUAAGCUCUU